CAGAGCAGAGGAAGGAGAGCCGGGGAGAGGAAGCAGCAUGCGCCUCUAGGAGAAGCCGCUCCACACAUUUCACACCACAAAGGACAGCACGACUCAAACUCAACCCUUUUCCCUCCCCGGAGAAGCUCGUUUUUGGGUUGUUUUUUUUUCCCAUGAGUGCUGCAAGCGUGCUCUCUUUCAGUCCAUCAGCGAUGCCCGGCCCAGUCAUGCCGAUGGACGUGGCCAUGCGCUUCUACAUCAGCCACUCUCCGCCUCCUCUGCGGGGUUUCCUCAGCUCCUACGAGGAUCUGCAUCGGGCCAAGAACCGGGCCAACCAGGCGCCGGCGCACGGCCACGGCCAGCAGCUCUACAAGCCGCUGCGGCCCUGCCUGAGCAGCCAGCAGAAGGCGGACGACUGCUGGAGCGGCGGCAACGGCAGCAAGGCCGGCAAGAAGCGCGUGGUGUUCGCCGACACCAAGGGCAUGUCGCUCACCGCCAUCCACGUCUUCUCCAAGUUCGACGACGAGCCGUUCCAGAGCAAGCCCGGCGAGGACCUGCAGUUCGACAUGACGGACCUGGAGGCCGCCACCAUGGACCUAAAGAUCAGCUCGGUCCGCAGCCUGGCGCUCGACUUCAAGCAGCCGUCCGCCGACUACCUGGACUUCCGGAACCGGCUCAUCAGGAACUCGGUGUGCCUGGAGAACUGCUCGCUGCAGGAGCGCUCGCUCACCGGCACCGUCAAGGUCCGCAACAUCGGCUUCCAGAAGUCGGUGCUGGUGCGCGCCACCUUCGACUCCUGGGUCAGCCACACCGACGUCGACUGCACCUUCAUGAACAACGUGUACGGCUGCCAGGACACCGACACCUUCGCCUUCGUGCUGGAGCUGCCCGCCUACGUGGCGCCGCACAACCGGGUGGAGUUCUGCAUCUGCUUCAAGGUCCUGGACCAGACCUUCUGGGACAAUAACGACGGGAAGAACUACGUGCUCAAGCACGUGGGCUGGAGCGGCGAGGACCUGGGCGGCCCGACGUCCCCGGCCGCCGCCCAGCACAAGAGGGCGUCGGAGCAGAAGAACGGCGGCGUCAAGCUGCUGGAGCUGGACUUCGACCAGUUCGGCAGCCCCCGCAUGUCCAGCGGACUGUUUCCCGGCUGGCAGAGCUGGGGACACAUCGACAACACCGUGCCGUACUGGUGAACGCCGGCGCCGGGAGUGAGAUAAGAGACUCCGACGGGGGGCAUUCGGUACAGAUCCGGCUCAACUCAAGCAAACAAGCUGUGCGCCGAAGGAAGCACAGCGACCGGACAGAAAAGACUGAAACCUGCUCAACUGACCUGCUUUUCCUCGCCGCGGCGCCGCCGCCGGCGACAUUAGCUCUCACCUGUAAGAGUGCCUUGUGGGGAUGAAAUCAUGGAGGGGGGGCCGAAGGGGGGUCUGGAUCCCCCUUCUUUAGCUAAACACUGAUUUUCUGACAAGACCUUUGUACAAACCCGCUCUUGAGUGUUCCCUCCGUUCAUUGUGCCUUGAUCCGGGCCCCGGGCCCCGACCCACAUCCGUUCACUCUGCACUGACCGAGGCCCCGUUCACACCGCCGCCAUUCAAGUGAAAACGCCACCCCACACACACACACACACACACACUCAGAGAACAAUACACUCUAAAUAUUAACAGUUGGAUUGUUUUCACCGUCAACUCUAAAAAAAAAACAACUACCAAGUCCAGGAGAAUCUGGACUGGGACCAGGACCAGGACUGGGAGUCAGGACACUGUCCUCUCCGCGAGCGUUUUCACCUGAAAGCAUGGCGGCGUGAACGGGCCCUGAGACGUCCGUCUCUCUCUAACUGAAGUCCUUCAUAUUGAAGGGGAAGCGCGGGGAGUGCGCGGCCGCAAACCGCUUCGCUACUAAAA